AUGUUACAAUUUAGAAAUAAUAGAUUAUUAUCUAUUAUAAACAAGUCUACAUUAUCUUCUUCAUCAUAUACUUCAUCUAUAUUUAGUUAUUGUACAUGUUCAAGUAAAAAACAACAACAAACAAAUGAUGAUAGUACAACUAUUACUUCUACUACAUCAUUAAAGACAAAAAAGAAUUUAAUAGGAUUAUCAAAAGAAGAGAUUGAAACACAAUUUGAAACAUUGGGAUUAGAGAAAUAUAGAGCAAAACAAGUAUGGAAAUGGAUAUAUAACAAGGGUACAAAGAAUAUAGAUCAUAUCGAUAAUCUAUCGAAAAAACAUCGUGAUAUACUGUCGGAAGUGUACAAUAUCGAUCAUGGAGUGGUAAACAAGGAUAGUCUUUCAAUUGAUGGAACGAGAAAGCUUUUGGUUGAAUUUAAAGGUGACGAGGUUGAAACUGUAUUCAUCCCCGAAAGAAAUAGAGGUACUCUAUGUAUAUCUAGUCAAGUUGGUUGUACGUUUCAAUGUACUUUUUGUCAUACCGGUACACAGAAAUUGGUUAGAAACUUAACGGCUGGUGAAAUUGUCUCUCAAGUAUUUACUGCUAGAUCAUUAAUGCAUGAUUUUGGUCCAACUACUAAUAAAAGAUUAUUAACAAAUGUUGUUUUAAUGGGUCAAGGGGAACCAUUAUAUAAUUAUAGAAAUGUAUCAAAAGCAUUAAAAAUAUUAACAGAUGGUGAAGGAAUUUCAAUAUCAAAAUCAAAAAUAACUCUUUCGACAUCAGGAGUGGUUCCAUUGAUCGAGAGACUUGGGCAAGAUUUCCCUGGUAUUGGAUUAGCUAUUUCAUUACAUGCUAGUAAUAACAAAACACGUUCAGAGAUUGUACCAAUCAAUCAACAAUGGCCAAUUGAGGAAUUGGUACAAGCAUGUAUCAAUUUUACACAAAAAUAUACAAAAGAUCGUAUCACUAUUGAAUAUGUCAUGCUCAAAGGUAUUAAUGACGCCAAACAAGAUGCAUACAAUUUAAUACAAUUGGCAAGUCAGUUUCCAUCUUUGAUCAAUCUCAUCCCUUUCAAUCCAUGGCCAGGUACUAUUUACGAGUGUACUCCAAUCGAUCAAAUAGAAUCAUUUGCUAGAAUUUUAGAAAGAGGUGGACUUAAAGUAACCGUUCGCCAGCCACGUGGCACCGAUAUUCUAGCCGCAUGCGGUCAACUUGUUAGUUCAAGCCAGAAAAAGAAAGGUAUAAUCAUUCCAGAACAAGAAGGAGAAGUUAUUAAAAAAGAUUUACCUUUAAAAUCUUCUUAUUUAAAUAAUGUAUAA